AUGCGCUCUCUCGUGUGCUCAGCGCUGAUGUACACAGCACCUCACCUGCCACCUCCCCCUCUCAUGAGCCCACCACGUCCACCCGCCCGUCCACUCUCCCUCACACCGGUUGAUCUCGAGCUCGAAUGGCAUCUGCAGCAACUCCCAGCCAACGGCGAUCUUGGCUGCGUACCUCGCUCGCGUUCAUCUGACGUCUGCCCCCAUUGGCCUCGCACUCGACGUGCCACUGAACAGCCGCCGUCUGCGACUCCGGGCAAUACCAAUCUCUCGUGA